CGAUACUCAAGACACUUCAAAUGAAUAAAUUAACUAAAAUUUGCUGCCCCAGCUCUAAAUGCCAGUGAGUGUUAAAGUCCUGUCUUGCAUGAGAAUGAUGAGAAUACAUAAGCAGCCUUCCAGAAUGCCCUCAACUAUUUAGAUGCAUACUGUACCCAUGAGUGUGGUGGUGCUUAUGGGGUGUUGCUCUGGCACGAGUGAGUAUAAAGGUGAGAGGAAAAAAACACUCACUACAAAAAUCUAGACUACAGGCGCACCUACACACUCGAACAGGUGUUCACAGCCAUCCAGCAUUGAUGAUGAUGAUGAUGGCCUGACAGCCAUAGAGAACUGCUCCAGGUGUCCUGAAACUACUGCAGAUGUUUCACAACUUACAGCUGAGCCAUAGCGAACUGUCCUGUGUGUCCUGCAACUACCGCAUACAUUCACAAGGCACCGCUAAGAUAUGCAGUGCUUCUCAUCUAGUUUGCUACCCCCUUUAUGCAUCAGAAGUUAGAAGCAAAAACAUUGACUGACCCUCAAAAUGACACAUUAUUUGAGAGAGGUGCUUAAAGAGUAUGUGACAGAGCAGUGGGUUCGAAAGAGUCGCCUGGUGAACAAAGAUGGCCACUGCAACAUCGAGUACGGCAACGUGAUGCACACAAAUCGCUUCGCCUACCUCCUAGACAUAUGGACCACCUUUGUGGAGACCCGAUGGCGAUAUGUGAUCUUGCAGUUUGUGGCUUCUUUCACACUCAGCUGGUUCCUUUUCGGCCUGGUUUGGUACUGGAUCGCCCAAAACAAUGGUGACCUUGCGUGGCAAGAACCACCUAAGGAACACCUAUCAUGUGUGGCGAACGUCAGAUCCAUGACCACGGCCUUUCUCUUUUCGUUGGAGACCCAGACCACCAUUGGCUACGGUAACAAAUACGUUACAUAUCGCUGUCCCGGAGCCAUCGCGCUGCUCAUAAUUCAGUCUCUUAUGGGCUCCAUUAUCAACUGCUUCUGGUGUGGUGUGAUCAUGACAAAGAUCGCCCUACCCAAAAAGAGAGCCAAGACUAUAAUGUUCAGCGAGUCCGCAGUGAUCUGCCCCAAAAAGGGCACCCUCUGUCUUCAGAUCCGCGUAGCCAACCUUCGCAAGACCCUGAUGAUCGGCAGUCAGAUUUAUGGCAAGCUGCUGAGGACGACGGUCACACCAGAGGGUGAAACCAUCAUUCUGGACCAGGUCAACAUUGACUUCACGGUGCACGCUGGCAAGGACAAUCUGUUUUUCGUGUGUCCGCUGACCCUGUACCACGUUAUCAAUAAAGCAAGUCCAUUCUAUGAAAUGGCGGUGGACACUUUACGUCAGCAAGAGUUUGAGCUUGUGGUCUUCCUGGAUGGCACGGCCGAGUCCACCAGCUCCUCCUGCCAGGUCAGGACUUCUUACAUCCCCCAGGAAAUCAGGUGGGGUUACGACUUCCUCCCCAUCAUCUCCCGCACCACGGAGGGAAAAUACCACGUGGACUUUUCCAACUUCUGCAAAAUGGUGGCCGUGCCAACCCCGCAUUGCUCUCGAUGCUACCACAAUGAGGCAGGGCAUCAUCACCACUCCAUAAAAAAGGGCAUUGACAACCAGGGCUUUGAGGUGAUUGACAUCGAUGUACCCAACAAUACCAAAAUGUAAAGCUCGGUAGCUCAUUGAUCAACUGUACCUCCUUGGAGAAACCAUGUAACAUUGAUUCAGGUGCUAAAACAGAAAUGCAUCUAUAUAUUUUUAUGGUGUUUUACUGUCAUAGCAUUGUAAUUGACCUAUUAUUUCAGAAAAUCAAAACCUUAAAGUCCUCGUGAACCUGAAGUCGCGAUCGCCUUUACUCCCAUGUUGUGGCGUAUUUCAGAGUAAAACAGAAUAGGCUCAUUUGAUAUAAGCAAAUUUUGCACAGAAUCAAUCACCGGUGAUUGCCACGAGAUGCAUGCCGGUUAGAAAAGUGUCAGAGUUACGUCCGAUUUGCUCUGGUGUCACGCUGACAUGUGCCACAAAACCUCUCGCAAUGGGGAGCCGGGCGCAGUUGUUCUCCACCGACUGCGUUGACAAAAAGACUUGCUGACAACAUAGCUUAAUGCUCAUUGGCCCGGGGAUGUCAGCUAAGGUUGCCAACUUUCUUACUCUGAAAUACGGGACAAAAGAUGGUCUGCCGCAGCAUUGCGGAUAUGGUUUUGUGGAUACAGGGUAUUUAAGACAUUUGUCAAAAUGGUAGCUAAUCUCCUAAUUAAUAUUCAUUUAUAACUCUUAUGCCUUGGCAACAUACGGCAUAUCCCAAAUGGCGCACUUCAUGUGGACUUUCGGUCUUGUGGCCUUAAAUUGCGCAUGCUCACUUAGUCUAUGAUUCUGUAGGGUGUCCCAUCUGUCAUUUUUAUGCUUCGAAGUGUGCUCAUCAGCGCCCCCCUUGCCCUCUUGAUGCGGUCUUCGGCGAAGCCCGCACUGCAGCAAGGCUUUGCGCACUUUACUAACCCAGAAGUCCUUGCAAAAAUUAAUCAGACCAAUCAGAUGAUGGAAGGGAGGAGCUCACACUGAUGGGAAACUUCUCUUCCUAUUUAUGGCGUGACACCCAAGUCUGUCUCAAAAUACGACUACGGUGCACCCACGUGGACUCGCAUCAAGGGGUCCCUAAAGUCUGCACUACAUGAUAUCAUCAAAGUGUGGACCACAAUUCCAGAGUGUGCCAUUUGGGACAGGGCCUAAGACAAAACACUUGUAACGCACAACAAGGGUAAAAAAUGUUAUCCCCUUUAUGUUAAUCUUCUUACGUGUAACAAACAAAAACUAGAUAACACAGAUUCUGUAAACUGUAGUUAUUUAGAGUCAUCUGUCACUGGUUAGAUCAGUGUAGCAGUCAACGCGGGAUAAAUAAAUUAGGCUCGAAAUAUGUGACAUCCUGCUAAUAUGGGACAGUUGGCAACCCUAAAUUGUCAGCUGAUGACUUCUUAAUUCUUAAAACUUCACUUGCUGUAGUAGCUUUUAUAUUUUUUUCAACUUACGACAUUUAUAUUUUUAUAUAUAUUUCUUUAAACUUGUAUUGGUGCUGAAUUAUUUGUACUGUAAGCUGUUUAUAUUUCACACAACAGAAAAUAAUUUGUAUUACCUUAGACUUAGAUUUAUACGUCACAACGUUUACUAAGUAGCAUUUUCCAGUAAUGAACAGUUCGCCUUUGUUGAUUCUACUUAUAAACAUCUUCAUGUACAUGUAUUGGUAUUUCAUUUGCAUUUGUUUCUUUCAUCUGCGAUAAAAUACGCAAACGCGAUCUUUAUACUCUGCUGACGUUUGUGGUCGACUGCGAGAUUGGUGAAGUGUGUAACUUUAAAGCUCUUUAUUCACUCCUCCCCUCACUGCAGUCGCCUGCUAAUACGCUUGUUUGACUUCAUACGGCGCCGCAAGAAUCGACAGCCGGAUGACGUCAAAGUACCGCGAGAGCGAGACGAAAUAUGAUUUCUCGCGGUACUUUGGACAAUUUAUUUUAGCUGACAUCUUGCCCUCUUUGUUCAAAUCUGACCUUUUCUUAAACCUUGCUCAAAAACAAUAUUACUGUCUUCACAUGAUAAAGAUUAAAGUGUGAAAGGUAUGAAAGUAGAGCUCUCUUUUGUUACAGGUUCAUUGCAUUGGGAGUGGUAAUAUUAACUGAAGGUUCAUUUUGAGAUGUGUUUCUAUUAAUUUCUUUUUAUCUAGUCAUCUGAAUGGUUAACAUGCAGGAACUGAUUUUAAACAUAAUGUAUUUCUGAAGAUGUUUAAAGCUCUGAAUCACUCUUGGAUGAUGUAAAUGUUGUAAAUUAAUAGAUUUUGUUAUAUUAAGAUAUUAUUUGUAUAAAAGUCAUUUUUAGUUUGUGAAUGUUUUUUUAAGAAAUAAAAAUAAAUGAAAUAGCUUGA